AUGAUGGUGGUGGUGGUGAUGAUGAUGGUGGUGAGGAUGAGGGUGGUGAUGAUGAAGAUGGUGAAGACGAAGGCCCACGAUGAAGAUGACAACAAAGAUGAUGAUGACGAGAACAAUAACAAUAAUAAUAUUAGGGCUAUAAAUGUCAUCAUCAAAAAAUCUGGCUAUCUGUCUCAGCACUAUCUGUCCCCGUCCCCCAUGCCCCAUGCUCCAGCCCUGUCCCCCAUGCUCCAGCCCCGUCCCCCAUGGUCCAGCCCCGUCCCCCAUGGUCCAGCCCCGUCCCCCAUGGUCCAGCCCCGUCCCCCAUGCUCCAGCCCCGUCCCCCAUUCUCCAGCCCCAUCCCCCAUGCUCCAGCCCCCCAUUCUCCAGCCCCGUCCCCCAUGCUCCAGCCCCGUACCCCAUGCCCCAACCUCGUAUCCCAAAGUAAGUCCAGCCCCGUCCCCCAUGCUCCAGCCCCGUCCCCCAUUCUCCAGCCCCGUCCCACAUGCUCCAGCCCCGUCCCCCAUGCCCCAACCUCGUAUCCCAAAGUGUGGAUGGUGUUACAGUAAGUCCAGCCCCAUCCCCCAUGCUCCAGCCCCGUCCCCCAUUCUCCAGCCCCGUCCCACAUGCUCCAGCCCCGUCCCCCAUGCCCCAACCUCGUAUCCCAAAGCCCCGUCCCCCAUGCCCCAACCUCGUAUCCCAAAGGGUUCCAGCGGGAAUCCGCCCUGGCCCAGCAUCUCUCUGCAUGUUGUGAGAGAGAAACCACAGGGCCCCAUGGACCAGCUCCAUCAACAGGCUCCUUAUUCAGCCCCCAGCCUGAACACUGGGCCCUCUGACGGAGCCCAGGCACCUGGCCGCAGAGCUGAGGAACGCGGGAGACAUCAGAGGCGAGCAGCGGCGAGGUUGCCACACCUGAAUAAACCCUCCUGGACCACAUCAAUGCCAGGACUGGGCCACCUGAAACUGCUCCCCAAGCUGCCAAAGCCCCAGCCCCAGCACCGGGCCAGCAUAGCUACGGCCAGCAGUGCAUAA